AUGUCGAUGCCAACUUCCACAAGUUCUAAUGUGGCAAAACUUCCUGAAUUCAAGAUCCAAUUUCAUCCGAGAAGCAAUCGACCACCGAUUUAUCAGUCUUAUGAAGAGUUCCAUGUUCGCAGUGAGAAAUCUGCAUCCCUGGUUGACAAGACACCUUGGUCCCCAUUUCGUACGUUGGGUGACUUCGAGUUUGCGGAAAUCGCACUCGCUUCACUGCUCAACCAGCAACAGGUCAAUGCCCUGCUGGAUCUCAUUGCUCAUGUCACACAGGGAGCCAUCCAAGUCACGCUCAAGAAUGAUGCCAAACUUCGCAAAGCGUGUGAUGCAGCUGCAAUGGAACUCACUCCAUUCUCCAGGGUCGAAGUUAAGGUACCAUACAAAAAGGAAGAAUGUACGUUCGAAGCGCAUAUUCGCCCACUGUGGGAGUGGGCACUCGAUAUCUUAGAAAAUCCAUUCCUCAGUCCGCACUUCACUUGGGAUGCACAGCGACUCUACAGGCACAACGGCAUUGAGUAUGAAUGUUUUUAUGACGAGCCCUGGACCGGAGAUUAUUGGUGGGAUAUUCAAUCGAGCCUACCAGAUAUCAAGAACGCCGUGCCAUUUGGCCUGAUCCUUUAUGCUGGCAAGUCCAACCUAUCGUCUUUCGGCACUGCCAAGAGUUACCCUGUCGUUGUGCGCUGUGCAAACUUACCAGUUGAGAUUCAGAAUAGCAAUGUUGUUGGCAGGGGUACUGUUGUCGGCUGGCUGCCUAUAGUCCCCGAAGAUGCCAAAGAAGAGGGAAAGCUAGGCUACACAACCCUCAAGUGUGUCGUUUGGCACAAAUCUUUCAAAAAGUUACUUCUGGAGAUUGAGCAGUACUCGAAGACUGGAUGCAUGAUGGCACUCACUCGUGGUCACGGUGGCAAACGCCCUUGCCCUGUUUAUGACCGAUCGAAUGUUGCAAGUUUUCCUCGCUGGCAAAACCUCGCACACUUCAACCAAGUUAUUCACGUCACUUUUUCAGAUGGUAACAAGCUGGCCGAUAUCUCCAAGCAAAUCUUCUAUGCAGUGAUCAAUGUUUUGAAGAAGAGUGUAACCCCUGAAGGCCUUGUCGGCUUAGAUGUCCAGACCGAACAUAUGAUUAACAUGAUCAAUGACGAGAUAUUGACAUUUGAUCAGACACUGAAGGACUACACCAAAUGUGUCAUGAAGUCCAACAUUGAUGGUCUGCGAACUGACUGGAAUUUCCCGAAAGUCCACCUUUGGAAGCACGGUGCCAUGUGCAACUAUAGCACUUGGCCCAACAAAAGUAUGCAUAAGCCAAUCCGAGACGCAUAUGAACACCAUUCGAAUGGUAGAGAUGUUCCUGCUCAGGUCUUGUGGGUAGAUCACCAAGUUCUUGCUACGAAGCUUCUCAGAUUGCGUGUUGAUCACCUCAAGAAAUCUGUCUCUGGGGAAUCAGAUCCAGAAGCUGAUGUGCUUGGUGCACACGUUGUCGCGACCCAAACCCUGAAAGACUUAGAGGAAAAUGGUCAGCCAGAUAUGGCGUUCCAUCGGUUCCGUCAAAGGUUCUGCGAGUUCCUUAAUGACGCCCUUCUGGCAUAUGGAUAUCAAGUCAAGUCAUGGAUCUCCCUCCCUGCUGACUUCACGGUACAUAUCUACACUCUCAUUAUACAUUCAUCUAGUUGA